GAGCUGAUAACGGAGAGCCAAAUGCAGUCCGUGUUUACAGAUAUCGGCAAAAUCAACUUCAGAGAUCCUUCGAAUUACUGCGUGAUUCCCAGCGUGCCGGGCCUGGCGUCUAAUUCUGUCGCCUCAGCGGCGUGGCUUAGCAGCGAGGGGGAGGCUCUCUUCGCUCUGCCCUCUGCUUCGGGAGGGAUCUUCGUCCUUAAGCUGCCUCCUCACGAUGCGCCCGGAAUGGUUUCAGUUGUGGAAUUGAAACAGAGCUCGGUGAUGCAGCGUUUCCUUACCGGGUGGAUGCCAACUGCCAUCAGAGGUGACUGUGGCCCGUCGGACCUGCCUAUCAGCCUCUCUGUUCACUGCCUAGAUCACGAUGCCUUUCUCUUUGCUCUCUGCCAGGACCAUAAACUUCGGAUGUGGUCCUAUAAGGAUCAAAUGUGCCUGAUGGCUGCAGAUCUGCUGGAGUUCAUGCCGGUCAGCAGGGACCUGCGGCUUGCAGCUGGGACCGGGCACCGACUGCGGCUGGCCUUCUCCCAGUCCCUGGGGCUUUACCUCGGCGUGUACAUGCACGCACCCAAGCGAGGGCAGUUCUGUGUCUUCCAGCUGGUGAGCACCGAGAGCAACCGCUACAGCCUUGACCACAUAUCCUCCCUGUUCUCCUCGCAGGAGACUCUCGUUGACUUUGCCUUAACCUCGGCUGAGAUCUGGGCACUGUGGCACAACGAAGAGAACCAAACCGUUGUGAAAUACAUCAACUUCGAGCAAAAUGUCGCGGGCCAGUGGAACCAGGUCUUUGUGCAGCCACUGCCUGAAGAGGAAGUGACGGUUCGACACGAUCAGGACCCCAGGGAAACCUACCUGGAGUAUCUCUUCAUGCCUGGCCGGUUCACAAAUGCAGCUAUCCAGAAGGCUUUACAGAUCUUUUCUCAAGGAACUGAGAGACACGUGGAUCUGACGUGGGAUGAGUUAAAAAAAGAGGUUACCUUAGCCGUAGAAAGGAAGUUCCAGGGCAGCGUGACAGAAUACGAGUGCUCACCGGAGGAGUUUUGGCAGCUGCAGGUGGAGUUCUGGUCCAAGUUCUAUGCCUGCUGCCUUCAGUACCAAGAAGCGCUCUCACGGCCCCUGGCCCUGCACUUGAAUCCCUACACCAGCAUGGUGUGCCUGCUGAAGAAGGGCUCCCUGUCUUUCCUCGUGCCCUGCUCCUUGGUGGACCAUCUCUAUCUCCUCUCUAACGAGCACCUCCUGACUGAGGAUGACGCAGCCAUCUUUGAUGAUUUGGAGAUGUCUCGUGAUGUUGUCUGUCUUGUCCAGUGCCUUCGACUGAUCGGAGAAUCAAUUUCCUUGGAAAUGGCAUUCAUAAUGGAAAUGGCUUGCUCCCGCCUCCAGCCUCCAGAAAAGGCUGCAGAGGAGAUCCUGGAGGACUUGAUAGCUAAUGACACGGAAAAUGUGAUGGAGGAUAUACACAGCAAACUGCAGGAGAUCAGAAACCCCAUCCACGCCAUCGGAGUGCUCAUCCGAGAAAUGGACUACGAGACGGAUGUUGACAUGGAAAGAGGUGAAAGCUCCACAGCAGUGCCUCACCAUCUAAAUAUGCGCAUGAACCUCACCCAGCUGUAUGGCAGUGGUACCGCUGUCAACGUGGUUUGCUGGGGGGUAUGUAAGAUUGCCACGAUCCGUUUCCUGAUCUGUCGGGACUUGUUGAUCCUCCAACAGCUGUUGCUGCGGCUUGGAGAUCCUAUGGUUUUGGGAGGGGGACAGCUGUUCCAGUCUCAGCAGGACCUGCUGCACCGCACCUCUCCCCUGCUGCUGUCCUACUACCUGAUCAGGUGGGCAAGCCAGUGCCUGGCGUCGGACGUCCCCGUCGACACGCUGGAAUCUAAUCUGCAGCAUCUAUCUGUGUUGGAGUUAGCAGACACUACUGCUCUAACACCUCAUAAACUAGUAUCCGGCCCUCAAACAAUUGUGGAGCUGUUCUUUCAGGAAGUGGCCAGAAAGCACAUCAUAUCUCGACUCUUCUUGCAACCAAACACCUCUUUGGCUGAAACAAGUUUGAACUGGCCCCAUCUCAUUACCGCAAUAGUGGCUGACUUUCUGCCGCUCCUAUGGCCCAGCAAUCCCGGCUUCCUCUUCCCCGAGUGCCUGAUGGGGAGCUGUCAGUACACCCAGCUGCAGGAAUACAUUCGCCUGCUGCAGCCGUGGUGCCACGUGAACAUGGGCUCCUGCUGCUUCAUGAUGGGCAGGUGCUACCUUGUCAUGGGUGAGGGGCACAAGGCUUUGGACUGUUUCUGCCAAGCUGCGUCAGAGGUGGGAAGGGAAGAGUUCUUGGACAGGCUGAUCCAGCCCGAGGAGGGGGAGAUGGUCUCCACUCCACGCCUGCAGUACUACAACAAGGUUCUGCGCUUGUUGGACAUGGUUGGUUUACCGGAGCUGGUCAUCCAGCUGGCUACCCUGGCUGUCAUGGAAUCGGCGGAUGACUGGAGAAGCCAGGCUACUUUGAGGACUUGCAUCUUCAAACAUCACUUGGAUUUGGGACACAACAGUGAAGCAUAUGUAGCCUUAACGCAAAACCCAGAUCCAAGCAGGCAGCUGGACUGUCUGCGCCAGCUAGUGGUGGUUCUCUGUGAGCGCUCCCAGCUCCAGGACCUGGUGGAGUUCCCCUACGUGAACCUCCAUAACGAGGUCGUGGGGAUCAUCGAAUCUCACGCUCGAGCGGUGGACCUGAUGACCCACAAUUACUACGAGCUCCUGUACGCUUUCCACAUUUACCGCCACAACUACCGCAAGGCUGGAACGGUGAUGUUUGAAUACGGCAUGCGCCUGGGCAGGGAGGUGCGGACGCUCCGAGGGCUCCAGAAACAGGGAAACUGUUUCCUCGCUGCUAUUAACUGCUUACGGUUGAUCCGCCCGGAGUACGCCUGGAUAGUGCAGCCAGCUUCUGGAGCUGUGUACGAACGCCCUGGAGCAUCCCCGAAGAGAAGCCACGACGGGGAGUGCACGGCUGUUCCAUCAACGUGCCAAAUCGAAAUCCUGGAGCUGGAGGAUUUGGAGAGGGAGUGUGUGUUGGCCCGGAUCCGGCUGACUCUGGUGCAGCAUGACCUGUCGGCAGCGGCUGUGGCAGGAUUCCUCUUCUCCUUUGCCUCUCCGCGCUUACAGGAGAUGCGUUGUGCCUGCAGAGCUCUUCAGGAGCUCUGCUGCGACCUAUUCCUGUGGCUGGAGUCCUGCGAAGGGCGGCUUUGGUGCUGGCAGCUGUGGCGAGGCAGGGUGAAAGGGCUGGGCUGCGAAGGCACCCACCUUUGCGCUGCGCUGUCUCGCAGGUGCAUCAAGCUGCAGCUGGGAGGGGAGGCCGCGCAGGCGGAGGCCUGGGACUGGCUAGCAGCAAACCAGCUCUCCGCACUGGUUACCACCAAGGAUCCCAGCUGGGGCGCCGAAGCAGACCGAGCCCGUACCCUCCUUCGGCUGGUUCGGAGCGGUCACCGCGCUGAGAAGCGCCGGGGGCUGCGGCUGGGAGUAGGGAAGGCUCCGCACGAAGGAGUCGGGGUUCGCUGGCACCUCCCGCGGCUACAGAGGAGGUCUCGUCCUGCCACCCCACACCGACCCUGUCCCGGGGCGCAGGAGUUUCAGAUCGGAGAGCUGGCAAAUACUCUGACUAGUAAAUUGGAGUUCCUGGGCAUCAACAGACAAUCUAUCUCCAACUUCCACAUGUUGCUGUUGCAGACAGAGACCCGCAUUGCAGACUGGCGAGAAGGUGCUCUCAAUGGAAACUACCUCAAACGCAAACUCCAAGACGCAGCCGAACAGCUAAAACAAUACGAAAUAAACGCCACCCCUAAAGGCUGGUCCUGCCACUGGGACAGGAUCUCUGGAUCACCUCUUCUGACCAACAGCUCUGACAAAGGACAAACUACAACUCAUCGACGGAACGAAGAACAAGAUUUCUGUCUCCUGCCAGCAGCUCCCAGAUCCGCUCCCUCUCUCUAGCAUUCACUGUGUGUUUGACACCAA